AUGAAGUCUGAAUAUAUGCAUUUCAAAACAGUUUCUACACCACUUGUUAACUUGCAACAGGUAGAAUUGGCCGACGUGCCUCAGCAACGGUGUACGCUGAAAGAAAUGGUCCAUAAACAGAAGAGAAAAUUUGAAUCAGCAUGUGGAUCAGAUUUCUUACCAAAGCAACUUCGACAUCCAGUCGAACUUGCACAAGAGAAAAGUCUUUUUGUUUGUUUUGUUGUAUCAUCAGCUGCUUCAUCUGAUGAAUGGAAGAUUAUGGAAACAACAACCACAGCACCAGAAGAAGUUGCCCAACCAGUGGCAUCAGUUGCAGAAAACAUUGGCGAUGAAGGAGGAUUAUUGCAAUCAGAUAGCGUGUCAGUAUUGGUACCUGAAGGUACAGUUUCUAUUCCUACUACAUUCUCUAUUGCCACAUAUUUGGAUGAACAAGUGAUGCCACAAGUCAAUGAAGAAGAGGUGGUGGUCAGCCCUGUUGUUCACAUCUCCACAUCACAAUCUUCUCACAAGUUCAACAAACCCGUGCAACUGUCUCUUCGACCCGAGGUAGCACUGAAACCAAGGGAGCACGAGACCGGAUGGCUUUUGGAGCUGAAGAUGAGCGAGUCGUCAACUGAAGGCAAGCCUUCCGAAUGGCACACUGUGUUGCAACUCAACACCGACACAGAAGAAGUGGAGACACACUCACCAUCCAUUCGUUAUGAUCCAAACACUCAAACACUGUAUGUCAAUGAUGUCGGCUACAUGGUAUGGCUUGGCAAGGCACUUGGCAACCAAUCUAUGCGAGACGUACGCUAUGCUCUAUUUGGCCAACAGCUGCAAUUACACAAUUGGAAGAUUGCCGCUCACGUCAUCCAUGGCGCAAUGUCCACCUACAAUGAAAUAGCUGAAAAUAUGAAAUCAAAGUCUUAUGAAGAGCUAACAGUUCCUAUCAAGGAUCGCAUUGGUUUGGAAGGUAAAGUGCGCAUGUCAAUUGAAUGUUGUGACCCAUGGCAAAUGGGUUUGGGAAAAGCGGUCACUCACAUUCCAACUAGACGAAUAUGGAAUAGUCGAAAGGAUGCUGCAUGUUAUUACGAGUUCACAUUACAAGAUAGAGAGAGAAGCUCUGACACUCUACAGUGUACAGUUGAGGCAUCAUUUGAGCAGGACGAGAAGGAAAAGUCUGAUGACCCUUGUGAUCCUGUCACUUUGAUUGUUGCUCAUCCAUUGACUAAACUACCUCGUACUACUGAAAUAACAACAGGUGAUAGGCCUGCACUUGACACAGCACUGAAUGUUGAUGAUGAUGAUAUUUCACAGUAUGCCAAAGAAAUAACAAGAAACAGUGAUAAAUUAGGAGGAUUCUGGCUUGGAUGGUCGGCCAUUCCAGUCGAUGUCAUAAGGGAUGUCAGUCAUCUUGUUACCGAUAUUGGUAUCGCACAUCUUCUUGCCAAAUCUCUUCUGAGCGAUGAAUCGGUUGAGAAGGAAUUUAAGAGCAUUUUCCAGUCAAGAGAACCAAUCUUUACUAUCAUUAAGUUAUGGAUCGACAAGCAAGAGGACAAAGCUACGUUGGAUAAACUAUUUCGUUCUCUGCAAACUUAUGAUUUAUUCAUUUCACUGCAACGAAGACUGGAUGAGCGCAUGCAAACUCAAAAGCCUCAGAAAGUGGGUAUAGCUCGCUUUCAGCCUGCUGAGCUAUUUCGCGUUGUGAAUGAUAACGGGGCAUUUCGCUAUCUGGAAUUAGGGCUCGAAAUCGGUCUAACGUUUGAUCAAGUGAAUAUGGCAGCAGAAGGUCACCCAUACUCUGGCAAACUUCUAGCUGUCUACAUGACGAAAUGCAAAGAAGUCGGAGAAUAUAGAACGGUUGCUCGUCUGGUGACAGCAGUUGAUAAAAUAUCUAUUAUGGGGUCUGUGGAGGAUGCUUUGCCGGGAGUGAAGGCAGCGUUGGAAGAAUCUUGCUUCUACAGUGAUGUAAGUUCACAUGUAAAAGAAGUAGAAGAAGCAACAGCAGUAUCAGCCGCAAGUCAUCACUCAUCAGAGAGUAAGGGAGAUGAGCAAUUAGUGCGGCAACUCAGGAAACUGGUAGAACAGUUGAGAGAAGAAAGUUUAGCAACUAGCAGAGAAAUUGCUGAAUUGAGACAAGAAAAGGAAAAUGAAAGACAGGAGCUAGGAAGACGGAUGGGAGCUCUACAGCAACAACAUGAAAAUGAAAGAGAGGAGUUAGGGAGACAGAUUGAAGCUCUACAGCAACAAAAAGAAAAUGAAAGAGAGGAGCUAGAAAGGCGGAUUGGAUCUCGACAGCAACAACUUGAAAAUGAAAGAGAGGAGCUAGGAAGACGGAUUGAAGCUCUACAGCAACAAAAUGAAUUUCUAGGGAAGGAAUUGAGACAGAAGCAACUACAAAGGGAACACGCAAUAGUUGAAGCUGUCGACAGGGAGAGAUUACUUGAGGAGACUGAUGAUGGAGAGGUACAACUUUUGCUUUUCAUGCUCCCUUUUCUCUUUUCUACGAUUUUGAUGAAAUGUUGAAGGAACAUUGGCAAGUAGAUAAACUUAGUUUUAGUGCAUUGGGUUAAACUUCAAUUGAGGUUUUGAAUUACUAGAGAGAACAUUUGCUGGUAUUUGCUUGUAGUUAUAGUUUGCAUCUAAACUGAAUUUUCUAACUUCUGACCAAUUUCUGUUAGUUUAUCUAUUAAUUAAUGAAAUAUUGAAGCUUGCGUAUUUUGGAACAAAACCAC